GCGAAAGGCCAGGCUACGUAGCUACUCCCGGCUUUGAAGAAAAAAGGACAAGAUUUCUGUCCAUGAGGGUGUGAAUUUUCCACUUUAAACCCCUUUAUACUAUCCUAGAGCCAGUAUUACCCAACUAUGAAGAUGAGUCUAACAUCAGCAGCUGGGAUACUGGCUUUACUGGAUGAGUCUGAAUCAGAUCUCAAGGUUUUUGCACUUAGUAAACUUAACAGCAUAGUGGAUGAUUUCUGGGCUGAGAUUUCAGAAUCUGUGGACAAAAUUGAAGUACUUUAUGAAGAUGAAUCAUUCAAACACAGACAGCUCUCGGCACUUGUUGCUUCCAAGGUGUACUAUCAUCUGGGCGCAUUUGAAGACUCUCUCACAUACGCACUUGGUGCAGGUGACCUCUUUGAUGUCAAUGGCCACUCCGAAUAUGUAGAAACUACUAUUGCUAAAUGCAUAGACCACUACACCAUGCAGCGACAGAAACAGGCAGAUAAUUCAGAUGAGAAAAUCAAUAUUGAUGCAAGACUAGAGGCUAUUGUCAAUAGGAUGUUCAGACGAUGCUUUGACGACUGCAAAUAUAAACAGGCUGUAGGAAUUGCUAUAGAGACAAGACGGCUGGAUAUAUUCAAACAAGCUAUACUCAAAUCUGAUGACAUUCCUUUCAUGCUGCAGUACAGCCUCAAGGUCUGCAUGUCUUUAGUACAAAGCAGACAGUUCAGGAAUCAGAUACUCAAAGUGCUAGUGGAGCUCUAUCUGCACCUGGCCACACCUGACUAUAUAAGUGUAUGCCAGUGUUUUAUUUUCCUGGAUUACCCUCAAGGUGUAGCGGACAUUCUUGAAAAGCUAGUCAAGGAUAAUGAGAAGGAUCAGACCCUGAUGGCAUACCAGAUAGCCUUUGACCUUUAUGAGAAUGCCACACAACAGUUCCUGUCAGUUGUCAUAGCAGCCUUACAAGCAACAGUGCCUUUCAGCUCAAGCUCAUCUGCUGAGACUAAGACUGAGAAGAAUGACACAGAGAAAAAUGGGGAUGUGGCCAUGGAUACAGACGAGGAAAAGAAUACUGCGGUGGAGAAACCAAAGCAUGAGGCUCAACUUAGUGAGAGUGACAAGGCACUACAAGACAAAGUCUCAAAACUGGCUGCUAUACUGCGCGGCGACACCUCCAUCGCCCUGCACCUUGAGUUUCUCAUCAGAAAUAACCAUGCAGACUUACUGAUCCUGAAGAACACCAAGGACUCCGCUAGAAACUCUGUCUGUCACACUGCUACCGUUAUCGCCAACUCUUACAUGCACUGUGGGACAACAAGUGACACAUUUUUAAGAAAUAACCUGGAGUGGCUUGCAAGGGCAACUAACUGGGCCAAAUUCACAGCAACAGCCAGUCUUGGUGUCAUUCAUAAGGGACAUGAGCAAGAUGCUCUAAAGCUGAUGUCCUCCUACCUCCCCAAGGAUGGGACAGGUGGUAGUGCCUACCAGGAGGGCGGCGGCUUAUACGCCCUGGGCCUCAUCCACGUCAACCACGGUGGCAACAUCACAGAGUACCUUCUUCAGCAGCUAAAGGAGGCUACGACAGACAUGGUGCGGCAUGGUGGCUGCCUGGGCCUCGGAUUGGCCUCCAUGGGCACAGCAAAGCAAGAUGUGUAUGAGCAGCUCAAGUUUAAUCUGUACCAGGAUGAUGCCAUCACGGGCGAGGCAGCAGGGCUGGCCAUGGGUUUGGUUAUGCUUGGCUCCAAGUCUGCGGCGGCAAUCGAGGACAUGGUGGGAUAUGCGCAGGAGACACAACACGAGAAGAUACUCAGAGGGCUGGCAUUAGGCAUCUCAUUGGUCAUGUAUGCCCGCAUGGAAGAGGCAGAUGCACUUAUUGAGAGCCUGUCACGUGACAAGGAUUCCAACCUGAGGCGUAGUGCCAUGUACACAGUAGCUAUGGCGUACUGUGGAACAGGAAACAACAAGGCUAUCAAGCGGCUACUACAUGUCGCAGUCAGCGAUGUCAGUGAUGAUGUCAGACGUGCAGCGGUGACAGCGCUUGGUUUUAUUCUGUUCCGUACCCCUGAGCAGUGUCCAAGUGUUGUCUCAUUACUCUCUGAGAGCUACAACCCACACGUGCGUUAUGGGGCCGCCCUGGCACUGGGAAUCGCAUGCGCAGGGACAGGGUUGAAGGAAGCAAUCAACCUGCUAGAGCCCAUGACCAAUGACCCUGUUAACUACGUCAGACAGGGCGCCCUGGUGGCUAGUGCACUCAUCCUGAUCCAGCAGACGGAGCACACCUGCUCCAAGGUAGCCAAGUUCCGCGAGAUAUACGCCAAAGUCAUCUCAGACAAACACGAAGACGUCAUGGCCAAGUUUGGCGCCACUCUUGCACAGGGCAUUAUUGACGCAGGUGGUCGUAACGUGACAGUGUCGCUCCAGUCACGUGCCGGUCACAUGCACAUGGCCAGUGUGGUGGGACUUCUCGUGUUCACUCAUUACUGGUUCUGGUUCCCACUUGCUCACUUCCUCUCCCUCGCGUUCACACCCACAUCCAUCAUUGGACUCAACUCGGACCUGAAGAUGCCCAAGAUGCAGUUCAGAUCUAACGCCAAGCCAUCUGUAUACGCCUACCCAGAGCCUCUCAAACCCCCCAAGAAGGAGGAGAAGGAGAAGGUCACCACCGCCAUCCUAUCAGUCACGGCCAAGGCCAAGGCACGCGCCAAGAAGCAAGAGUCCACAGAAGAGAAGAUGGAUGUGGAGCAGGAAGUUACUAAGACCGAGACAUCAAAGGAAAAAGAUGGCAAAGGAGGCGAGAAAGCGAAGGAGAGCGAGAAAGAAGAAGACGUUGCCACUGAGAAGAGCGAGCAGGAAAAGAACGAGAAAGUCGAGAGCGACAAGCCUGAACCCGAGCCAGACUUCCAGAUGCUGGAAAACCCCGCGCGGGUACUGCCGCUACAGCUGAAAGUCAUCUCGCUCCCUGACGACAAUCGCUACCAACCACUCAAAUCGUGUAAUAUCGGCGGUAUCAUCAUGAUGACUGACUCGAAGUCAGACGAGCCCGAGGAUCUGAUUGAACCACUUCCAGCAUCGUCGACGGUUGGCAUCGGCGCAGAGGAGGAAGAAGACGAACCCGAACCACCGGAACCGUUCGAAUACGUGGAUGAGGACUAAACACAUCCCCACCCCACCCCUGUAGGGACAUACACAGAAUCGCGCGCGCGGUGCCCACCUCGCGUGUCAUCAGAUACUCCCCUCGCGUGUCAUCCGAUGUGUUUUGUGAUAAAUUAUAGAGCAGUAUCGUGGAUUCUGUGGUAGCGCCGUUGCGUCGCGCCUGGACGUGGUACACCAGUGGUUGUAGUCAGCGUUCUAUGUUUACAUUUGCAGAUUGUACCACCACAUAAUAAAACAAUGAUAAAUUA